AUGGAGGACCUCGCGGGUUCGCGUGGCGGCGGGGGGUGCGGUGGUCUUGACGCGCAGAUCGAGCAGCUCAUGGAGUGCCGCCCGCUCCCAGAGACGGAGGUUAAAACACUGUGUGAGAAGGCCAAGGAGAUAUUAAUGGAGGAAAGCAAUGUUCAGCCAGUUAAAAGCCCUGUGACAAUUUGUGGUGAUAUUCAUGGCCAAUUCCAUGAUCUUGUAGAACUUUUCCGGAUUGGUGGGAAGUGUCCAGAUACGAAUUAUUUGUUUAUGGGUGAUUAUGUGGAUCGUGGCUAUUACUCUGUUGAGACAGUAACGCUUUUGGUUGCACUUAAGGUGCGGUACCCACAACGCAUCACAAUUCUUCGUGGAAACCAUGAGAGUAGGCAGAUCACACAGGUGUAUGGCUUCUAUGAUGAAUGCCUACGAAAAUAUGGCAGUGCAAAUGUCUGGAAGAUCUUCACCGAUCUUUUUGAUUAUUUUCCGUUGACAGCAUUGGUGGAAUCAGAAAUUUUCUGCCUCCAUGGCGGUUUAUCUCCAUCCAUUGAGAAUCUUGAUAGUGUUCGUAGUUUAGAUCGUGUCCAAGAGGUCCCUCAUGAGGGACCUAUGUGUGACCUUCUAUGGUCUGAUCCUGACGAUCGAUGUGGCUGGGGCAUAUCUCCUCGGGGCGCUGGAUACACUUUUGGCCAAGACAUAUCGGAACAGUUUAAUCACACCAACAAUCUUAAACUUGUAGCUCGGGCUCACCAGUUGGUUAUGGAGGGAUACAACUGGGCACAUGAACAAAAGGUGGUGACCAUAUUCAGCGCACCUAAUUACUGUUACCGGUGUGGUAACAUGGCAUCCAUCCUCGAGGUUGAUGAUUGCAGGAAUCACACAUUUAUUCAGUUUGAGCCAGCUCCUAGGAGAGGUGAACCAGAUGUGACACGGAGGACACCUGAUUAUUUCCUUUGA